AGGAAAUGCUCCUAGACCAAUCACAUCUGUGUUUACACCAUCACCUGUCAAACACACACCCUCAGCUUAAUUUUCUCUCUGAAAGGAGCUGAAACACACACUCACACUGAAGCGUCUACGGUAGCCGCUAACUGGACGGACUCUCUGGCAAUUGACCUUUUGCAGUGGAAUAGCGGAAUAAGUCUUGAACCAUGAGCUCAGUGGCAGUGUUGACCCCGGAGAGCUUUGCGGAGCAUCGCAGUGGCCUCAAGGACCAGGAGAUUACAGGCUGUGUCCCAGAGGAUGAGGCCUACAUCCCCACCUACCUGGAGGCCUUCCCUCCGCUGCCAGAGAAGGGAGCACCAGGGGAGAAGGCCGGGGAGUCGGCUUCGGCCUGGGGCAGCAAGAUCAGGCCCAUCAAAGCCUCUGUCAUCACCCAGGUGUUCCAUGUGCCCCUGGAGGAACGCCGCUACAAGGACAACAGCCAGUUUGGGGAGGGCGAGGAGGCCAAAGUGUGCCUGGACAUCAUGCAGCGCACGGGGGCCCACAUUGAGCUGUCCCUGGCUAAAGACCAGGGCUUGUCCAUCAUGGUCACUGGAAAACUGGACUCUGUCAUGAAGGCUCGCAAGGAAAUUGUAGCUCGCCUGCAGACACAGGCCUCAGCUACGGUUGCCAUCCCCAAGGAGCACCAUCGUUUUGUCAUUGGUAAGAACGGUGAGAAGCUGCAGGAGCUGGAGCUGAAGACGGCCACGAAGAUCGCUAUUCCACGUCCCGACGACCCCAGCGCCAAUAUCCGCAUCACCGGCACCAAGGAGGGCAUCGAGAAGGCUCGCCAUGAGAUCCUUCUCAUCUCUGCUGAGCAGGACAAGCGCGCAGUGGAGCGUCUGUCCCUAGAGAAGGCCUUCCACCCCUUCAUCGCCGGUGCCCACAACCGGCUGGUGCAGGAGCUGAGCCAGGAGACGGGCGCCCGCAUCAGCAUCCCGCCGCCCAGCCUGCCCAAGGACGAGAUCGUCAUCACCGGGGAGAAGGAGGCUGUCGCCCUGGCGGUCAACCGCAUUCGAGCCAUCUACGAUGACAAGAAGAGGAAGACCACCACCAUUUCUGUGGAGGUGAAGAAGUCUCAGCAUAAGUACAUCAUCGGUCCAAAGGGCAACACCCUGCAGGAGAUCCUGGAGGCCACUGGGGUGUCCGUGGAGAUGCCCCCUCUGGACUCUGGCUCGGAGACCAUCAUCCUCAGAGGGGAGCCUGACAAGCUGGGACCAGCUCUCACACAGGUCUACGCCAAGGCAAAGAGCGUGAUGGUGGUGGAGGUGACCGCGCCGGCCUGGCUGCAUCGCUUCAUCAUCGGCAAGAAAGGACAGAACAUAGGCCGGAUAACACAGCAGCUGCCACGGGUUCACAUCGAGUUUACGGACGGUGUGGAGCGCAUCAGUCUGGAGGGGCCAACAGAGGAGGUGGAGCAGGCUCAGGCCCAGAUACAGGAGAUCAUCAAGGACUUGCUGGUCAGGAUGGACUACACCGAAGUCAUCAUAGACCAGCGUUUCCACAGACACCUCAUCGGAAAGAACGGAGCCAACAUCAAUCGGAUCAAGGAGCAGUACAAAGUGUCAGUACGAAUCCCCCAGGACUCAGAGCGCAGUGGUCUGGUCCGGAUCGAAGGAGACCCCAAAGGAGUCCAGCUGGCUCGCAGGGAGCUUAUUGAGAUGGUCCAGAGAAUGGAGAACGAACGCACCAAAGACCUGAUCGUGGAGCAGAAGUUCCAUCGGACAAUCAUCGGCCAGAAGGGAGAAAAGAUCAAAGAAGUUCGAGAUAAGUUCCCUGAGGUCAUUAUCAAUUUCCCUGACCCGUCGCAGAAGAGUGACAUUGUCCAGCUAAGAGGGCCGAAGAAUGAGGUGGAGAAAUGUGCCAAGUUCCUCCAGAAAAUCAUUGCUGACCUGAUUGAAAACAGCUUCUCGCUCUCUGUUCCCAUCUUCAAGCAGUUUCACAAAAACAUAAUUGGUAAAGGCGGCGCCAACAUCAAAAAGAUCCGCGAAGAGACCAACACUAAGAUCGACCUCCCGACAGAGAACAGUAACUCGGAGAUGAUCGUCAUCACAGGCAAGAAGAGCAACUGUGAGUCGGCCAGAGACCGAAUCCUCGCCAUCCAGAGAGAACUGGCCAACAUUAAGGAGACGGAGGUCACCAUCCCAGCCAAACUGCACAACUCCCUGAUCGGCUCCAAAGGCUGCCUUGUGCGCUCCAUCAUGGAGGACUGCGGUGGCGUCCACAUCCAUUUCCCGUCUGAGGGCUCCGGCUCGGACAAGGUCACCAUCAGAGGACCCGCUGGUGAAGUGGAGAAGGCUAAGAAACAGCUGCUGCAGCUGGCUGAGGAGAAGCAAGUCAACAACUUCACAGCUGAGCUGCAGGCAAAACCAGAGUACCAUAAAUUCUUGAUUGGCCGUGGUGGGGCAAAUAUCCGCCGCGUGCGGGACAAGACGGGGGCCCGAAUCAUCUUCCCUUCGCCAGAUGACACAGAGCAGGAACUGAUCACCAUUGUAGGGAAAGAGGAGGCCGUUCGUCAGGCUCAGAAGGAGCUGGAGUCUCUGGUCAAAAACCUGGACGAUGUGGUGGAGGACACGAUGGUCGUGGACAUUCGCCACCACCGCCACUUUGUGUGUCGGAGAGGCCAGGUGCUGCGGGAGCUGGCUGAGGAGUAUGGCGGUGUGGCUGUGAGCUUCCCUCGCACUGGAGCCAACAGUCAGCGAGUCACUCUGAAGGGAGCCAAGGACUGCGUGGAGGCUGCGAAGAAACGCAUCCAGGAGAUUGUCGAGGACCUGGAGUCCCAGGUGAGCGUGGAGGUGGCCAUCCCUCAACGCUACCACCGCGCCGUCAUGGGGCCAAAAGGCUGCCGCAUCCAGCACAUCACCAGGGAGCACGAGGUUCAAAUAAAGUUCCCCGAGAGGGAUGACAGUGCUGCAAGUCAGGAAGCGCAACCACAAGAGAACGGCGAGGUCAGUCCAGAGGCGGAGUUUGUCCCCCGCAAGUGUGAUAUCAUCACCAUUUCUGGGCGGGCAGAGAAAUGUGAGCUGGCUAAGGCCGCCCUGCUGGCGUUGGUGCCCAUAACAGAAGACGUUGAGGUGUCUUACGAGUUGCAUCGCUACAUCAUUGGCCAAAAGGGCAGCGGAAUCAGGAAGAUGAUGGAGGAGUAUGAGGUGAACAUCUGGGUGCCGCAGCCAGAGAAGCAGCUGGAUGUGAUCAAGGUGACGGGCCUGGCAGCCAAUGUGGAGCGAGCCAAACAGGGUCUGCUGGAGAGGGUCAAAGAACUGCAGGCCGAGCAGGAGGACAGGGCCCUGCGCAGCUUCAAGGUCACCAUGUCUGUAGAUCCCAAGUUCCAUCCGAAGAUCAUCGGUCGCAAGGGAGCGGUCAUCUCUCAAAUCAGAAAAGAUCACGACGUCAGCAUCCAGUUCCCUGACAAAGGAGACGAGCAGCAGGAUCUGAUCGUGAUCUCGGGGUAUGAGCGUAACGUGGAGGAGGCGCGUCAGGCCAUCCAGCAGCUGGUGGCCGAGUUGCAGGAGAUGGUGAGCCAAGACGUCCACCUGGACCCGAGGACCCACGCUCGCAUCAUUGGAGCCCGCGGCAAAGCCAUCCGCAAGCUGAUGGAAGAGUUCAAGGUGGAUAUCCGGUUCCCUCAACCGGGUUCUGACGAGCCUGACAAAGUGACUGUGACGGGCCUUCCCGAGACUGUCGACAACGCCAUCGACCACCUGCUCAACCUGGAGGAGGAAUAUAUGCUCAGUGUGACAGAGACGGAGACCUUGGCGGCGUACAUGAAGCCUCCGUCUCGCUAUGGAGGUGGAGGAGGAGCAGGAGGCAUGGACGAUAGCAGCGGGGGUCCGGCUAAGGGCUUUGUGGUGCGGGAUGCCCCCUGGAACGCAGCAGGGAACAAGGCUCCUGACAUGAGCAGUGCGGAGGAUUUCCCUACGUUUGGGACGGGAGUGGCCCCGAAACAAGCAUCAGCCUGGGGCCCCAAGAAGUUCUGAAGCCGCUCAUCUGGAGGGAAAACACAAAAACUUCUGUAAAGUAGAUGAUGAGAGACAAAACAUCUCUAAUCAAAUUGCUGCUCGCCUUCCUUCCUCCUCCUCUAUUUAGUGACCUCCCUUUGUCUCUCUUUCUCUGUAAACCCCUUGUACUGUCCUCCCACAACCAGCCACAAUGAAUUCUGGGAGAACUAUCCCUUCUUUUGUCCUUAUCUGUCUCUGUUCUUAGUACCUCCAACUCCUCCUUCCCCUUGAGAGGGGAGGAAAAAAAAAAAAAAAAAAAAAGAACAUUGAAUGCUCCCUUCAUAGUUUCGCUGUCCCGCUCUGCCUCUCGGGUUGCACCACGCCUGCCGAUCUCCCUGAAACACUGGGGAAAAAAAAAAAAGGUUUCCCUUUUCACCUCCAACUGCCAAACCCCCCCCAAAAGAAGCAAACUGUCAGCUCACUGGAUUACAUAGAAACAUUUCAGCUCUUCAGAGCCUGUGAGAGGGAAGUCUGCGUUUUACUGUGCAAGAAGCAUUUUAAGGUUCUUUUCCUGUGUGUUUUUUUUUUUUCUUUUUUAUGGUUUUCUGUUUAAAGUUUCUUGUUCAUCUUUCCCCUUCACGAGUGUGGUGCAGCAGGCGAGGCAGUCCGCUGUAUGUGUGUGUUUAUGUGUGUGUGUGUGUGUGUGUGUGUGAGCGUGUGUGUUGGUGGGUUCAGGAGGUUAUUCACCCACAAGUGUUUGUAGAUCUCCUUUUUAUUUCCGGAGCAAAAACAGCUGCUGUAGUCGACUUUCUGGAGGUGUUCUUUUUAAAUAAUGACGAAUCUAAAAAUGUGGGAGUCCUGCGCCAUUUGUAAUGAAGGUCGUUUUGUCACAACUGUUUAUUUAUUCAAAAAAGGAGCCAUUUUAUUUGAACUACUCUGAACAUGCGUUUUUAUAAAAGCACUCACUGUAGCUUGAUGCUUACAACCUUAUUUUUGGGAGUGAAUGUUGUACGUCAGGGUUUUGAACCACGUUAAGAGUAAGUAUGUGUAAGUGUACAAAGAACUUUUCGCUAUUUUUUUAAGCUGUGGGGUUUUUGUUGUUGGUUUCUGGCAUAUUUGGAAGACUGUAUGUGUGUGCGUGUGGAAGUUAAAAUGUAUAUUUGAAUGAAGCUGAACCAAACUUUUACACCGUCUUUGUCUGUUUGUCUCUCUUCUCGGAGCUGUUCUCAGAGCUGUUCUUGGAGCUCGUUUGGAGGUUUUUAAUCCUCUUAGCUCGUCAUUAACGCUUAAUCGUUUCUGUCAACAUUCACACAGAUGCCGCAAACAAACUUGACUAUUAACCGCUGUUUCCUCUCAUAUGAGUGUUUCACGUGUAUUUAGUGAUACUUUGUAGCAAACACCUUUGUUCCUUUUUCCAGUUCUGCAAUUUAAAACGCGUGUCCUGUUGCUAAAGUUUACGGUUAACCCAAAUUUUAAUUCACUUAAUGAAAGCUUCACUCCUGGAGUCUUAAAGGGAUAGUUGAACAUUUUGGGGAAAAAUGCUUAUUAGCGUUCUCUCUGAGAGUCUGAUAAGCAGAGUGAUACAACUGUGAUGUCUGGGUGUUAAAAGUGGAGCUAGAGUGAAGGAAAAUAAGAAAAAAAGAAGAAAAUAUGUUUACCAACACCACUGAAACUCACUAAUUUACACAUUGUGUCUUGUUUGAUCCGUACAAACAUAUUUUCUCCCAUUUGGACAGAGCCAGGCUAGGCUGUUUACCACUGUUUCUGUUUUUCAUGCUAAGCUAGGCUAAUUAUGUCUUGGCUCCAGCUCCAUGCUGAUCACUCAUCUUAUUGUCCAACUCUUGGAAAAGCAAACAAGCAUGUUCACCAAAAUGUUUGAACUGUUAUUUGAAAUUAAUCUUAAGGGUCAGAGGUAGUGAACAUCUCUAAGUCUAAGUCAGCGAAGAUUAAAACAAAAUUAAAAAAAAAAAAAAAGAAAACUCA